CCGAACAGAACUACAGAAAACUUCGAUUAAAAACGGCUGUGGCAACAGAACCGAAAUCUUUGGGCAAAUAUUUGCCAAUUAAGAACCGUAGACGGUGCGCGUGUGUCUGUGAAGUGGGAGUGAAGUGAAAUUGGCCAGGCCAAAACUGAAAACUGAAAUAAAACCAGCCAUGUCCGAAUUUGUGCGGCAACAUGGCGAGUAUGUGUGGGUGAAGCCGCAAAAUACUAACAGCGAAUUCGCCGUGCCAUUUGGGGCACGAAUUGUGCGAACGGAGAAAACGCAGACCCUGGUUUCCGAUGACCGGAACAAGCAGUUCUGGGUGCCAGCUGGGGAUGUCCUGAAGGCCAUGCACAUCACCUCCCAGGAGGAAGUGGAUGAUAUGAUCACACUGGGUGACUUACAGGAGUACACCAUACUAAGGAAUCUGCAGAAUCGCUAUGCCAAGCAGUUAAUAUAUACCUAUACAGGCUCUAUGUUGGUGGCCAUCAAUCCCUAUCAGAUUCUGCCCAUCUACACGAAUCGCGAGAUUCAACUUUACAGGAAUAAAUCCCUGACUGACCUGCCUCCACACAUCUUUGCCAUUAGCGACAAUGCCUUUCAGAGACUGCAAAGACUCAAGGAGAACCAGUGUGUGGUCAUCAGUGGGGAAUCGGGUGCCGGGAAAACGGAGAGCACCAAGUUGAUACUGCAGUACCUGGCGGCCAUCAGUGGCAAGCACUCCUGGAUCGAGCAGCAAAUCAUCGAGGCUAAUCCCAUUAUGGAGGCCUUCGGCAAUGCCAAGACUGUGCGGAAUGACAACUCUUCGAGAUUCGGAAAGUACAUCGAGAUCAGAUUCACACCCGAGGGUGCCAUUCAGGGUGCAAGGAUUCAGCAGUAUCUUCUGGAGAAAUCCCGAAUUGUUUUCCAAAGUCGAGAUGAACGCAAUUAUCACAUUUUCUACUGCAUGCUAGCCGGGCUUUCAGCUCCGGAAAGGGAGCGUCUAAAGCUGCAGGAGCAGUCACCCAGUCAGUACCAUUACUUGGCCCAAGGAGGCUGUUUCACGUUGCCGGGAAAAGGUGAUGCCAAGGACUUUGCCGAUAUCCGAGCAGCCAUGAAGGUUCUUUCCUUUAAGCCUGAGGAAGUGUGGAGCAUUCUCAGUUUACUGGCGGCCAUUCUGCAUUUGGGUAACCUUAGGUUCACGGCCACCGAGGUGGCCAACUUGGAAGCAGCUGAGAUUGACGACACUCCAAAUCUCCAGAGAGUGGCUCAGCUACUGGGAGUUCCCGUCUCUGCCUUGAAUGCGGCUCUCACUCAAAGAACGAUAUUUGUGCAUGGUGAGCAUGUGACCACCAGUCUGUCCAAGGAAGCAGCCAUUGAAGGAAGAGAUGCCUUCGUAAAGUCCCUGUACGAUGGGAUUUUCGUGCGCAUCGUUCGCAGAAUCAAUGAGACUAUAAACAAACAGGUCGAUCAGCCCAUGAAUAGCAUAGGAGUUCUGGACAUUUUCGGUUUCGAGAACUUUGACAAUAACAGCUUCGAGCAGCUUUGCAUCAACUAUGCCAAUGAGAAUCUUCAGCAGUUUUUCGUGGGACACAUCUUUAAGAUGGAGCAGGAUGAGUACCAGAACGAACACAUCAACUGGCAGCACAUAGAGUUCCAGGACAAUCAGCAAAUCCUGGAUCUGAUUGGUAUGAAACCCAUGAACUUGAUGUCUCUGAUCGAUGAGGAGUCCAAGUUUCCCAAGGGCACUGAUCAAACUCUGCUCGAAAAGCUUCAUGUUCAGCAUGGUAAUCGAUCGAUUUAUGUAAAAGGGAAAACCACCCAAACUUCUCUCUUUGGAAUCCGUCACUAUGCCGGCGUGGUUAUGUACAAUCCCUUGGGUUUCCUCGAAAAGAAUCGCGAUUCUUUCAGUGGCGAUCUAAGGUCUUUGGUUCAACGAUCUGCGAAUAAGUAUCUGGUGGAUAUAUUCCCUCAUGAAAUGCCCAUGGACACGGCUAAGAAACAGCCCACGUUGUGCGUGAAAUUCCGGAACUCCCUGGACAUGCUGAUGCGCACCUUGUCGCAGGCUCACCCCUACUUCAUUCGAUGCAUUAAGCCAAACGAGUUCAAGGAGCCAAAGAACUUUGACAAGGAACUGUGUGUGCGACAGCUGCGCUACUCGGGAAUGAUGGAAACUGCCCGCAUUCGAAGGGCGGGUUACCCAAUCCGUCACGCCUACCGUGCCUUCGUCGAGCGUUACCGCCUCCUGGUGCCACCCGUAGGACCUCUGGAGAAAUGUGACUGCCGAAGGGUGGCACGAGAGAUCUGUGAGGUGGCUCUACCCGCUGAUUCCGAUCGCCAGUACGGAAAGACAAAGCUUUUCCUGCGGGACGAGGAUGAUGCCAGUCUAGAACUCCAGCGUUCCCAACUAAUGCUCAAGAGCAUUGUGACCAUUCAGCGAGGUAUCAGAAGGGUUUUGUUCCGACGCUACCUGAAGAGAUACCGCGAGGCCAUCAUUACGGUUCAGAGAUAUUGGCGGGGUCGCCUGCAGCGUCGUAAGUACCAGAUAAUGCGGCAGGGAUUCCAUCGUUUGGGAGCCUGCAUAGCUGCUCAGCAGCUGACCACCAAGUUCACGAUGGUCAGAUGUCGAAUCAUAAAGCUCCAGGCCCUGAGUCGGGGCUAUCUGGUACGCAAGGACUUCCAGGCGAAGUUGCUUGAGAAACGAAAGCAGCAGCAGCUAAAGAAGGAGGAGUUGCUUAAGUUGGCCAAGAUAAAGGAAGCUGAGGAGCUGCUUAGAUUAAAGCAACUGAAGGAGCAGAAGGAGAAAGAGCAGAGGGAACUGGAGGAGAAACGUUUGAAGGAGGAGCAGAGGCUCAAGGCCGAGGCAGCUGCCCGCAAUGCCUUGGCCAUGGCUGCAGUGCAGCAGCCCACGAGAAAGAAGUCCUUUAAGCAAGAGGCGCCCAAAGCUCCAACCCUCCAGGCCCGUAUGUCCCUGCCACCACCACCCACAACCCUGAUUGCAGCAGCCCCAAUGGCAACUCGACCCGCCAGUGCCGUCACCAGAAUUAACACCAUACCCGAGAGUCCGGGAACCAUUGAUGUGGAGACCUCCAAACAGAUGGUAGACGACGUCUUCCGGUUCCUUAAUGACGAGCCCGAUGCUGCCCUGAGAAGACUCCAUAACAUUUCUUCUGGUGAUACAAUACGCCUUCCGAAGUCAGUGCCAAAUAAUAUCGACACCUCGGACUUUAGUUACUUGAAGUAUGCGGCAACCUACUUCUGCGGUGGCGCCACAGCUCAGCACGAAAGGAAACCCCUGAAGAAGUCCCUACUUAAGCAUGAGCUGCCUGUGGAUGAGAUGGCCUCUAAGGCCAUUUGGCUGACUAUCUUGCGUUUCAUGGGGGACAUGAUGGAUAUAGCUUCAUCGCCUGCCUUUCACUCUUACGAUAAUGAAAACCUUAUGAGUGAUUUAUCGAGCAUUCUGAAUACCUCCGGCUCCUAUAAGCCACGUUUAUUCCUACGUCAAGCCCAAAGACGCCCCUUAAAGCUGGGUCUGGGCAAAGGUCAAAAAGAUGUGGAGGAGUUCUACCAACACUUUCUCAAUGCCCCCAGUAGUCACUUAGACAAACUCCACUUCAUCGUAGGUCACGGCAUACUCAAGGAGAGCUUAAGAGAUGAAAUUCUGGCCCAGAUCUGCAAGCAACUCUAUCUGAACCCAAGUCGCACCUCCUAUUCCCGUGGAUGGUUGCUCCUAUCACUGUGCCUGAGCUGCUUUCCACCCAGCAGCAACUUCGAGCCACAUCUGCGAAGUUUCAUGAAGCAGGGAACUGCCCAACUGCAGGCCACUCCUUGCCUGCAGCGCUUGGAAAGAACUCUGAUGAACGGACCCCGCUGUCAGCCACCAUCUCUAUUCGAACUCCAAGCUAUCCGAGGUCGCCAGCCCCUUAAGUUGGAUAUUCACCUUAUGGAUGGUCAGCAGAGAAGAUUGCAGGUGGAUGCGGCCAGUACAGCUCGAGAGGCUGUAAAUCAACUAUGUCAGGGCUUGGGACUAACCGAUACCUUCGGCUUUGGUUUGGUAAUGUCGCUGAAUGGAAAACUUAUGCCAUUGGGCGCUGGUCAGGAGCAUGUUCUAGAUGCUGUGUCAGAGUGUGAGCAACGUCAGCUGGAUGCCCCUUGGAAACUAUACCUCAGGAAGGAAAUGUUUGCCACCUGGUAUGAUCCAUCGGUGGACUCCAAGGCCACUCAGCUAAUCUACAAGCAGAUCCUGAACGGCUUGAAGUGCGGAGAGUACCGGUGUCGCUCUGAGAAAGACAUAGCCAUGGUUUGCGCCUUGGCCUGCUUCAUAGAACAUGGACCUGGGGCCAUCCAGAGAUUGAAACCCUCUGAGAUUACGGCUUUCGUUCCAAGCGAUCUUCUGGCUCCCGGUGAUCGAGCCGUUGAGAACUGGAGUCGCCUUAUAGCUGCCACCUAUGAAAAGAGUUCGUACAUAAGGGAAGAACAAAAGGAUCUUCUGGUGGAAGCUCAGACGAGUGCCAAGGAGGAUAUCUGCCUAUUUGCCCAUCUGUCAUGGCCCAUGAGACACUCUCGACUGUUUGAAGUGGUUCGCAAGGCUGGACCUAAGCUCCAGAGCGAUGAACUGAUGCUGGGCAUCAAUUCCACUGGCCUUUUCCUUAUAGACGAAACUGAACAAGUGCUGGCCUCCUGUAGUUUCGGUGAGCUGCUAAAAGUCCAUUUAGAAGGCAAUGAUGACCUGCAUGUCAUGACCUAUCAACACGUUAACUUUGUGCUGCAGUGCAGCACGGCUCAGGAUGCCAAUGAGGUUAUCAACUAUAUGCUGGACAAUCUCCGACAGCGCUCGAGCUAUGGAGUCGCUCUUGAUCAUGUCGAGGAGGCCGAUCAGGAAGAUUUUCUAGUUCUUAGCCCAGGUGACCUCGUUGAGUUUGAGGCAGGUGUAACGGGUGCCCAGUUAUUAAGCGGUAAUGCCCAAGACUGCUACAGGGGCUGUGUCAAUGGCCGUUCGGGUCAGUUUGCUGCCGGAAAUGUUCGCAUUUUGGCCACACUUACCAAGCCCAGCGAAAAGCUUCAGGAUAUCUUAAGAGAGGGCAGAUUUGAUGAGCCACCGAAACCAAAGCCAAGAGCCAAUCAUUCUCGACGCCGUCAACACAAUAUCUCUCAGCUGGCUGAGACUCACUUCAGGGCGCCAUUGGACUCUGAUAUGGUUCCCCUUUCACAAUUUUCUCCUGAGCCAUUGAAGGCGCCUCUUCUUAAAGCUGUGGUCAAGGUUCCGCCACUCUUCCAACAAGCUUUGGUUAUUCAUCAUCACAUUCUGAAGUACAUGGGCAACAUUGCAAGAAGCAAUUUGCCUGUCAACACGGACCUCAUCUUCCAGCCCGCCCUGCAGCAUCCGCUCCUGUGCGACGAGUUGUACUGCCAGCUGAUGAAGCAGCUGAGCGAUAAUCCCUCUAGUGAAAGUGAGAAGCGGGGCUGGGACCUGCUGUACUUGGCUACGGGCUUGGUGGCUCCCAGUGUCCUGAUUAUGAGGGAACUGAUCAUCCUGCUGCGCAUGCGUGCUGAUGCCCUAGCUGAUGCCUGCCUUAAGCGAAUGAAGCGAUCCCUGGCCCAGGGACAACGGAAACAAGCGCCACACCUCAUCGAGGUGGAGGGCAUUCAGCAGCGCUGCCUGCACAUAUAUCACAAGAUAUAUUUUCCCGAUGAUACAGUUGAAGCUUUCGAGAUUGAGUCACAUACACGGGGAGCAGAGCUUAUAGCCGAUAUAGCCCAGAGAUUGGAACUCAAGUCGCCGGUGGGCUAUAGUAUUUUCUUGAAGACAGGCGACCGAGUCUAUGCCAUGCCGGAAGAGGACUUUGUGUUUGAUUUUAUCACCCAACUUAUCUUCUGGUUAAAACAGCAGAAGACCCUACGCUCCAUAUCCGAUGGCCACUAUCAGCUGCACUUUAUGAGGAAGCUAUGGCUGAACAACCAUCCUGGUGAGGAUCCCAAUGGAGACGUAAUCUUUAGCUACCCCCAAGAGCUUCACAAAUACUUGAAGGGCUACUAUCCUAUCGAUUGCGAGCAGGCCUCGCAUCUAGCUGUUCUGGUGUACAGUGCGGAUCAUGAAGUUAGCUUGCAGAGACUACCGGAAGUUCUGCCACGUUUAAUACCAGAGGACCUAAUACCACUUCAAACGGUGGCUGAGUGGAGACAGCAAAUCCUAUCGAAACUUCACCGCGACCAUUUGACCGAGGAUCAUGCCAAGCUCUUGUUCCUCCAGGAACUUUCCCAUUUCUCCUGCUUCGGUUCCACUUUCUUUGUGGUGAAGCAACAAAACGAAGAGGCCCUCCCGGAAACGCUCUUGGUCGCGAUCAAUAGCUCUGGAUUCCCUUUGGAUCCACAAACCAAGGAGAUCCUUCGCAGCUACGAAUACAACCAGUUGGGCAUCUGGAGCUCGGGUAAAAACCACUUCCACAUCCGUUUCGGGAACAUGAUUGGAGCUUCGAAGCUGCUGUGCAGCACCACCCAAGGUUACAAAAUGGACGACUUGCUGGCCUCUUAUGUGAGGUAUUUUAAUGAGCAUCAGUAAUCGAGUUACUCGCAACAAAUAAAAAGUGUUCUUACAAGUAACCCA